GUUGCUUGUUCAGCGAGUGCAUCAUAAACCCAUCCAGUCAUAGCGGGCGUCGUCAACGCACCAAUGCUCACACACAUCCAUCCAUCCAUCAGGCUGUACAGGACACACAGACAAGACAGUCAAUGCUAAAUGAAUGAACCACCAAAGAGAGAGAGACCCAUCCCAUCCCAAAUGCUGACAUGUACACAGUGUCACCGUCAUCCUCUGAUCACCCUCCCGUCCCCUCGACAGCCCUUGCUUGCCUCCUCCUCUCGUCGGCCAUCCUUUUGACUUCACGCAGGGCCCUCUUCUGCGCCAUGACCUCCUCCGCCAGGUCGGGCUCGUCCAGAUCUGGCCGCAUGUAGAAGUGGACCACAAGACCGCCGGCGAUAAACGGAACCGUGCACGCGCCGAACAGCUUCACAAAGUCCCUCAUGGGCAUCCCAAACGGCAUCCUGCCUUUUUCUGCUGCUCUGCUCACAGCCUUCUGCACGACUUCUCGGUGAUGCGAUCGGCGACUUCUUCACAGAUCCAUGGAAUGCAG